UUUCCACCGACGCUGGCAGAGCGGACAAGUGGUGCCUUGGAUCUUGGACUGGUCAGAAUACCGUACAGGGUUCAUUGCCGUGUGACAACAGUAUAGCUACAAUUACACCAUGAAGCUGCUACAACUCACUCUUAUGCUUGGCUUGAUUGGAAGUAUCGUGGGUCUCCAGUGUUACCUCUGUGAUGACGGAUUAAUUGGCACUUCCCCUGGCUGUCUGGAUCCGUUCAAUACAUCCACCACUGAUCCAACCGUUACAAAACAGACUUGCCCAGGUGGAGCUUACUCUUGCAGUAAAACAUACUUAGGUUCAACUGAUUUGACCUUCACGGUGAGAGGCUGUCUCCCAACUGCUGGUUGUGCGAGCGCGGGUGGGUGCGCUUCGGCUCAGUAUCAAGGCAACGAGGCCACUAUCUGUUGCUGCACUGGUGAAUUCUGCAACGGAGCUGAGUCGGUGUCGGUCAAUCUCCUCACUACUGCGGCUGUAGGCUUGACUGCCCUUGUAUUUACUCUGUAAAGUGAGUGAAUCCAUCAGGAUGGCUUUGUGCUUGUUAUUAGGGCGCAUCCCAUAGCAUCCGUAUAUCUAGUCCUGAUCUAGUCUUUGAUUUUCUUAGCUUUUGUUGCAUGCACAGUGCAUUCUUCAUGUAGAAAGCGCUGGGUGUGUUUUUUUUUUUCAAAAUGAUUGAGCUUGAGUUGAUGUAGUAGAAUGGAGCAGUGCGGUAUUAACAGUGCAGAAAGAAUUAAGAACUAAGAUCGCUUAUCAUUUUGAACGAUACAUAUUUUCUUUCAAACGGUUAGAUUUUUUUUAAAUCCAUCAGUUGAAUAGUUCUGUAUUCCAAAAUGCUCAUGUGCACAUAACGAUUUGGCCUAAUUAUCAAGUCAAAUAAAAUAAUUGGCCUAAAUGGACCCAACUUAAAGAUUCGACCUAACAAUUUGGUCUCGGGAGUAGUUGUGUAGGCCUACACAAGUCUUAUUAUGCGGAACUCGAUGUUUCUACAAUCCACAAUGUUUACAUGCAAUAAAAAAGCACAUAGAAAUGUUCGCAAAUUGUUCGCACAUGGAUGAAACAUUAAACAAAAUACCGCAAAACAUUGUUAAACCCUUAUAGUUCAAAAAUUCCAGUGAAAUUGAUUGGUAAUAAGGAGUUUUCUUCAGUUCCUUGAGACGAUAUGCAUGCUUAAGGCGAACAUUUUUUUACUAUCACGAAUAGACAUUUUGCAUCUGAUGCCACAUUUGAGGGCUGGACUUUAUUUCUCAUUGUUUGUCAAUGAUGUCACUGUGCUGGCCAGAUAUUUAUGUGCGCACGCGCAGUUGGAGUACCAAAAAGGCUUUCAUUCAGUUUCAAUCUUUUGAUAAAGACAACACAAAUCAUCGCCAGAUUAUAUACUCAGAGAUUACGGGGGUUUUGUAUUAAAUGUUUUUUACGUGAUGUAUUACUUAGUUCAUUAAGUCAAGAUGGAGGUUAUUCUAUGAAGUCUUGAAUGCUUGUAAAAUAGCGCAUACAGAGCGAUUUGAUAUUCACAAUGUAUUUACAGCAAUAAUACAACAUCCGAGAGCUUUCAUGAGUUCUUUUAAAACAGUGGAUAUUUUUGGAAGAAAAUAGUACAAUAACCUGAUAAUAACGAUUGAUCAAAAGAAAAGACCACAAGACGGUACACUUUGUCCUGCUCGAGAUGUAGGUCUGAAAUAGUUAUUAAUUGACAUUCACUUUAUAGGAAAGCUAAACUCUCAUGGUGGCUGCAGGCAGCUGGG